AAUUGAGCCUUGAUCUUAUGUUACUGGUACACGAAAUAUAAAGCAUGUAUUUAUUUACAUUUUUGGCCACGUGACUUGUCUGAUGCGAAGUGUUCCAGUUUCUGCAAAAUCAAAACAAAAAAUGAAUAACUUCUUAAGAAAUAACAUUUUUCCAUGUGUAAAAAGAUCUCAUGUCCUUAAAAGAAAUUACAACAUUAGGUACUUGUCAUGUACAACGCAAAGAAAAAGUGAAAUCAAUGAACAUACCUUUCCUUAUGAAUACAAGAAAUGGUAUGAAAAAAGCUUGCAGAGUCCUGGUGAUUUCUGGGGUGCACUUGGAAAGAAAAAGAUAACAUGGAUAGAGGAUUUUCAUACUGUAACUGAUUCUAAUAUAGUAGAGGGAAAGCACCAGUGGUUCGUUGGUGGAAAACUGAAUGCUUCAGUGAAUUGUUUAGAUCGACAUGUUGAAUCAAAUGGUGAUUGUACAGCUCUCAUAUGGGAGAAAGACGAACCUGGGACACAUGUGAAGGUGACAUACAAGGAGUUGCUAAAUAUGACUUGUCAAGUCGCGAAUGCUUUAAAACGAAGAGGUGUCAAGAAAGGGGAUGCUGUAUGUCUGUAUAUGCCUGUCUCACCUCUUGCAGUUGCUUCUAUGUUGGCCUGCACGAGAAUUGGAGCUGUUCAUAGUGUUGUUUUUGCUGGAUUUAGUUCUGAAGCUUUAGCUACAAGAAUUAAAGAUGCUGAUGUGAAGACAGUUAUCACUGCCAAUGAAGGUCUUCGUGGUGGAAAGAAAAUUGCUUUGAAAAACACAGUUAAUAAAGCUUUGGAACAAUGUCCUGAAGUAGAAAAUGUGUUUGUUUAUCACAGAACCGACGCUGAUACUCAGAUGAAAGAAGGUAGAGAUAUAAACCUUGAAGAGGCUUUAAAAGUAGAAGACACUAUCUGUGCACCUGAGCCAAUGUGUAGUGAAGAUCCAUUGUUUAUAUUGUAUACAUCAGGAAGUACUGGCACACCUAAGGGAGUGGUGCAUUCUCAUGCUGGUUAUCUUCUGUACACCAUGCUAACUCAUCAGCUUGUUUUUGAUUAUCAACCUGGUGAUAUCCAUGCAUGUGUGGCAGAUAUUGGUUGGAUCACUGGACAUUCAUAUGUUGUUUACGGUCCAUUAGCAAAUGGAGCCACAUCUGUUUUGUUUGAGAGUAUACCAACGUAUCCUGAUCCUGGUCGAUAUUGGGAAAUGGUUGAGCGACUUAAAAUAACUCAAUUUUAUGGCGCACCCACAGCGCUUCGUUUGUUGUUGAAGUAUGGUGAUGAACACGUGACAAAGUAUGACCGGUCGUCUUUGAAGGUGCUCGGAUCAGUUGGUGAACCUAUUAAUGAAGAAGCUUGGCAUUGGUAUAAGGACGUUGUUGGAGAUGGGCGUUGUCCUGUUGUAGACACGUGGUGGCAAACAGAAACGGGUGGCAUUAUGAUUUCACCGCAACCCAAAAACCCAGAAGCAUUAAAACCUGCUUGUCCAAUGCGCCCGUUUUAUGGUGUGGAGCCAAUUUUAUUAGACGAUAAGGGAAACGAGCUGCAUGGUAAUGACGUUAGCGGUAUUCUGUGUUUGAAAGGAUCAAUGCCAGGAAUGACACGAACACUUCAUGGAAAUAAAGAAAGAUACUUAGAUGUGUACUACAGACCGUAUCCAGGGUAUUAUUUCACUGGUGAUGGAGCUAGGAGAGAUGCUGACGGACAUUUGCAUAUCACGGGCCGUGUAGAUGACGUCAUUAAUGUGAAAGGAGUGCGACUGGGUACAGCUGAGGUGGAAGACAUAAUGGACAACCAUCCAUUAGUUGCUGAAACUGCAGUGGUAGGGUUUCCGCAUGAGAUCAAAGGAGAAGGUGUAUACGCUUACGUCACUUUAAAAGAGACACUGGAUGAAGAUGUUGAUCAGAUAAAAGAUGAACUAAGAGCGAUGGUUAAACAAGCAAUUGGAUCAUUUGCUGUGCCUGAAUUGAUACAGAUCUCGCCCGCUCUUCCGAAGACCCGAUCGGGAAAGAUCAUGCGCCGUAUUCUUAGAACAGUGGCAGCGAACAAGAUCGACGAGGUUGGAGAUGUUAGCACGUUGGCCGAGCCUGCUGUCGUGGAACAAAUUAUCGCUGAACAUAAAAAAAUCACCAGUUGAGCUGGUUGUUUUCAUAAACAUGCACCCUUUUUAUAUAGACAUUAAUAUUUAGACUUAGAUUUUGGAUUAGUUUUUACCCAAAGGCUAGAUUUAGUAGUAGAAUUUAAAUUUACCUAAAACACUUACGUAAAUGAUUGAUUGCGGUAGAGUUCGUUGUUUAUACUUUUUUCUUUUCUCAGUCUAAGUUAUAGAAGGUGGAGUUAAAAACAGUACAAAAAAAAUAUGUAAUUAUUGAUUGCCUACUCUAUCUUUGUGGGGUUUUUUAAUCACUACUUUAUAAUAAAACAAAGACAUCAUGUUUAGAUGAAAUGUCUUCAGUGAAUAAGAAACCAGAGAAAAUUGUGCGCUCUUUAACUAUACCCGUUAUUUUUUAAGUUGUUCACAUAUGCCAUUGUACCGUUUUAUCACUUAGACACGACCUAACAAGAGCUAUAUUCUAGCUAUUGUAGAACCUGUUUUUUCCUCAACGUCAAAAUAUGUAAUUAGAUUAAGCAGAUCUGUCUGUCUGCUUGUAUAGUAUGUAACAUGAUUUGUAUAUAAUUUUAUCUUUUUGUUCAAUUUACUUCAAUAUAUAAUAUAAAUUGACCAAGAAAA